UAAUCCUCUAUCAAAUUUUAAAAAGCGCCCAGCCUCAAAUUCUGAACACAAUGUGAAUCCAUGUUAAACACGGGAAGGUGGCACCAGCAAUUUUACACCAAGUUCAUUCAAAGAGAGUGACACAGUGCUUGGGAGCCAUGUACCGCCCGAAGGCCACACUCAGAGACAGGCAGCAUCUCUACAGACUCAUAAUCAGCCAGCUGCUCUACGAUGGCUACACCAACAUUGCCAACUGCCUAUUCGGAGAGGUGAAGCCCCAGACUGUGGUCUCGCCAUCUGAGCAGCUGCUGCAACUCGCCAAACUGGGGAUGGAAAACGACGACACCGCGGUGCAGUAUGCAAUCGGUCGCUCGGACACAGUGGCUCCCGGUACUGGGAUUGACCUGGAGUAUGAUGCCGAUAUGCAGACCAUGUCCCCUGAAGCCUCGGAGUAUGAGACCUGCUACGUCACCUCCCACAAGGGGCCCUGCCGCGUGGCGACCUACAGCCGAGACGGGCAGCUCAUUGCCACCGGCUCAGCAGACGCCUCCAUCAAAAUCCUGGACACGGAACGCAUGCUGGCCAAGAGUGCCAUGCCCAUUGAGGUGAUGAUGAAUGAGACUGCCCAGCAGAACAUGGAGAACCACCCUGUCAUCCGUACGCUGUACGAUCACGUGGACGAGGUCACCUGCCUGGCUUUCCACCCCACUGAGCAGAUCCUGGCAUCUGGGUCCCGCGACUACACACUCAAACUCUUCGACUACUCCAAGCCCUCUGCCAAGAGAGCCUUUAAAUACGUACAGGAAGCAGAAAUGCUGCGUUCCAUCUCCUUCCACCCCUCGGGGGACUUCUUGCUGGUGGGCACGCAGCAUCCGACCCUUCGCCUGUACGACGUCAACACCUUCCAGUGCUUCGUGUCCUGCAACCCUCGCGACCAGCACACCGAUACCAUCUCGGGCGUCAGCUACAACCCCAGCGCCAACAGCUACGUCACCUGCAGCAAGGACGGCAGCAUCAAGCUGUGGGAUGGCGUGUCGAACCGCUGCGUGGUCACCUUUGACAAGGCGCAUGACGGGGCAGAGGUCUGCUCCGCCAUCUUCUCCAAGAACUCCAAGUACAUCCUGUCCAGCGGCAAGGACUCCGUGGCCAAGCUGUGGGAGAUCUCCACUGGUCGCCCUCUCGUCAAGUACACGGGCGCUGGUUUGAGCGGUCGGCAGAUGCACCGCACCCAGGCGGUGUUUAACCACACUGAGGAUUACGUGCUGCUGCCAGACGAGAGGACCAUCAGUCUUUGCUGCUGGGAGUCUCGCUCGGCCGAGAGGAAGAACCUGCUCUCGCUGGGACACAACAACAUUGUGCGCUGCAUCGUCCACUCACCCACCAACCCCGGCUUCAUGACCUGCAGUGACGACUUCCGCGCGCGCUUCUGGUACCGCAGGACCACCACGGACUGAAGGGCAAGGGGGUGGAUGGACUUGGCGGGGUUGGGUAUGGCACAGGGUCCAGGGGAGGAGUAGUGAGUCUGAACCAAGGAUGAAAGAGGAAUCCACGUUCCCUCUACCCAGCAGCUCACCUUUUAACUUUCACACGAUUCAGUUAGUUUAUCAAAAUCAAUUGUUCCGACACAUUUAAUUUUGACCUGGAAGGGGUAAUGUUGUUGUUUUUUUUUUUUUUUUUUUUUUUUAAUCCUUGGUUAUUACCCCAAGCAUCUGUGUCAGUUUAUUGCUUCAGUGUACUGUGUAAAUUCUUUUUUUAUUAAAGAAUUCACUUUUUACAA